UUGCAAAAGUUAUACAUGCUCAUUGAAAAGCGCUUAAAGCACCAGGUAGAAAGGCCCUGUCCAGCUGUUUCAUGGACCUCCUCUGCUCGUGUGGGGGCUGUGUCACUGCCCGUCCCCAGCGGCACCCCCCCCGUGCCCCCUUUGGUGGGAAAGGCAGUGCACCUCACCCACUCCUGUUCCCUCCAGCACCAGCAGCAGGUGGCACAGGCGGUGGAACGGGCCAAGCAGGUCACCAUGACGGAGCUAAACGCCAUCAUCGGGGUACGUGGACUCCCCAAUCUGCCUCUCACCCAGCAGCAGCUCCAGGCCCAGCACCUCUCCCACGCCACGCAUGGCCCCCCGGUCCAGUUGCCACCCCACCCGUCAGGCCUCCAGCCUCCAGGGAUCCCCCCGGUGACGGGGAGCAGCUCCGGGCUGCUGGCACUUGGUGCCCUGGGCAGCCAGGCCCACCUGACAGUGAAGGACGAGAAGAACCACCAUGAGCUGGACCACAGAGAAAGAGAAUCCAGUGCGAAUAACUCCGUGUCGCCCUCAGAAAGCCUCCGGGCCAGCGAGAAGCACCGGGGCUCAGCAGACUACAGCAUGGAAGCCAAGAAGCGAAAAGCAGAGGAGAAGGACAGUCUGAGCCGAUACGACAGUGAUGGGGACAAGAGUGACGAUCUGGUGGUGGAUGUUUCCAACGAGGACCCCGCGACGCCCCGGGUCAGCCCGGCACACUCCCCUCCUGAAAAUGGGCUGGACAAGGCCCGCGGCCUGAAAAAGGAUGCCCCCACCAGCCCCGCCUCCGUAGCCUCCUCCAGCAGCACACCUUCCUCCAAGACCAAAGACCUUGGUCAUAACGACAAAUCCUCCACCCCUGGGCUCAAGUCCAACACACCUACUCCGAGGAACGAUGCCCCGACUCCAGGCACCAGCACGACCCCAGGGCUCCGGUCGAUGCCGGGCAAACCUCCAGGCAUGGACCCGAUAGGUAUAAUGGCCUCGGCCUUGCGCACGCCCAUCUCCAUCACCAGCUCCUACGCGGCCCCCUUUGCCAUGAUGAGCCACCACGAGAUGAACGGCUCACUCACCAGCCCGAGCGCCUACGCCGGCCUCCACAACAUCCCACCACAGAUGAGCGCGGCCGCUGCUGCCGCCGCCGCCGCCUAUGGCCGAUCGCCAAUGGUGAGCUUUGGAGCUGUUGGUUUUGACCCUCACCCUCCCAUGCGGGCCACCGGCCUUCCCUCCAGCCUCGCCUCCAUUCCUGGUGGGAAACCCGCGUACUCUUUCCACGUGAGUGCUGACGGGCAGAUGCAGCCCGUGCCCUUCCCCCACGACGCCCUGGCAGGCCCCGGCAUCCCUCGCCAUGCCCGGCAGAUCAACACGCUGAGCCACGGGGAGGUGGUGUGCGCCGUGACCAUCAGCAACCCCACGCGGCACGUCUACACAGGCGGCAAGGGCUGUGUGAAGAUCUGGGACAUCAGCCAGCCGGGCAGCAAGAGCCCCAUCUCCCAGCUGGACUGCCUGAACAGGGACAACUACAUCCGCUCCUGCAAGCUGCUCCCCGAUGGGCGCACGCUCAUCGUGGGUGGCGAGGCCAGCACGCUCACCAUCUGGGACCUGGCCUCGCCCACACCCCGCAUCAAGGCCGAGCUGACGUCCUCGGCUCCUGCCUGCUACGCGCUGGCCAUCAGCCCCGACGCCAAAGUCUGCUUCUCAUGCUGCAGCGAUGGCAACAUCGCCGUGUGGGACCUGCAUAACCAGACACUGGUCAGGCAGUUCCAGGGCCACACAGACGGGGCCAGCUGCAUAGACAUCUCCCAUGAUGGCACCAAGCUGUGGACCGGAGGCCUGGACAACACCGUGCGCUCCUGGGACCUGCGCGAGGGCCGGCAGCUGCAGCAGCAUGACUUCACCUCGCAGAUCUUCUCGCUGGGCUACUGCCCCACCGGGGAGUGGCUGGCCGUGGGCAUGGAGAGCAGCAACGUGGAGGUCCUGCACCACACCAAGCCGGACAAGUACCAGCUGCACCUGCACGAGAGCUGCGUGCUGUCCCUCAAGUUUGCCUACUGCGGCAAGUGGUUCGUGAGCACUGGGAAGGACAAUCUCCUCAACGCUUGGAGGACACCGUAUGGAGCCAGCAUAUUCCAGUCCAAGGAAUCCUCGUCUGUCUUGAGUUGUGACAUUUCGGCGGAUGACAAAUAUAUUGUAACAGGCUCUGGUGACAAGAAGGCCACGGUUUAUGAGGUCAUCUACUAAACAAAGACUCUAACAGGGCUGUCAGACUCUGGGAGAAACAGACUCGGCGGUGACAGGGCCACCCCGCGAGGGGCCCCGAGGCUGGCGGAGGCCAGCGGCGGGCAGCCGAGCAGUCCAGGGCUGCGCUCCGGCAGGCCGAGAGGGCGCGCCCGCCACGGCCUGGACCCCUGGGCAUGGACUCCCGUGUCUCACGGACUCGGACGGAUGUCUCUCCUCCUCCCCGUCCACAACCCUGGCAGACGCUACGAGUAGAUUUCUUUGGAGGCUUGGGGCUCCAGCCCCCCAGAGACCCCCUCGUGAAUCUCCAUCUUUCCUUCCCCUCUCUUUUGCUCUGUCCCCCUGCCCCGCGUCAGGGAUGCCAGAGUGGACCAUGUGUUUGUGCUGGGGGGGGGAUCUCCUUUUCCCGAUUGUGCAGCGCGCAACGUUUGUGAAAAAUGUAAAUAACAGACUCCUCUCUCUUGGACUGGUCAGUGGGGGAGGAGGCCCCUUCCCACCGAAAACGCUAGCCGUGUACUUCGCCUGCUGUAUUUGUAACCCACUCGUGGUGGUGGUUUUUUUUUUUUUUUUCUUUCUUUUUUUUAAGGGACAUCCCCAUCUGGGAAGGGGAGGCCGGGAGGGGAACCAAAUGGAGAGGGAGUGGAGGGGGCAGAGGAAGGGAGCUGCAGCUGGUGACCAGACUGACUGGUGGUGGGGCGGGGGGGUCCCCUGGGAUGAGCGCACCUCGCCGUGGAUCUGGGAGCAGCCCGAGGCCUGUCGGGCCCACUCGGGCUACACAGAUGGCUGGGCAAGGCUUGCGUGGUGCCAGGCAGGCUGACAAAGGUCGGGUUCUCUGUGGCCACCUGCGCUCACCUCCCUCUCUCUCAGGGGUCCAACUCUUGCUCGCUCUUUCCUUCUCGCCUCACUCGCUCUCUCUUUGGCGCACACUUGGUUAUGGUGAUGGGAGGUGGGGGUGCGAAGGAACUCCGUCUCUGGCCCUUCUUGAUCUUCAGACACCACGUUUAAAGGACAGAAAGUUAGAGGAAAGCAUAGCGACUCAGCUCAGGGAGCUACCAGAGAAAAAUAGCAACUGAUGUGGGUGCUUUUUCUUUUUUUUUUUUUUGAAUAAAAAGAAUUAGAAUCGAUGUCCUUUAUAAAAUGCCUUCUCCCCCUUUUCUGGCUCUGACCCCCUCCUCUCUCUAGAGGGGAAAAGUGUAAUCAACCUGCAGGGUUGUGAGUCCGAAGGGACGGUCUCCCCGCGGCCUCACCCGGGUGGCACUGCAGGGCUGAGGGGACAGGGGUCGGGUGGGGACACUGGUCCUGGCACUGUGGUGACUUCUUGCGGCUUUCAGUCUCUCUUCGGAGCCCAAACAGGUUACAGGUAGAAAAUCAUCUCCUACAGGUACCAGUUUUUGGUACCAAAAUGUUCCGAGGUAUUAGGGUUUGGGUUUUUUUUUCUUCUUCUUGGUCUUUUUUUUUUUCUUCUUCUUUUAAGGAAAAGCUAAAGGCCGAUGUGAGUCCUGGUGGUGGGCUCUCCAUGGAUGUAGCAUAUGGAAGAUAAUUUUGAUACUGCAUUUUUAUGGAUUAUUUUAUAAUGUGUGAUUCUGUCUGGUGAGAAGGAAGGAAGGGGCCCCAGUGGAAACUGCUGGUCUUCAGUGAUCUUGCUCCAGGCGAGCGGCUCCCCGGACGUGACCCAGAGGUCGUGGAGACUGGCUGGGCGCCCUGCACCUUUCUGAGGUUGGGGAGGGGCCGUCUGGAGGAUCCCUCUCUCUUUCUCUGGGUCUCGAUGGGCAUCUGCCGCGUCUCGUUAAAGGCUCUAGCCACAAGGGAGGGUGAGGGUAGGAGAAAGUUGAUUCCUGAAGAAAAAAAGAAAAUGAAAAGUCAUUGUAAUGAGCUGUUUUUAUAUUUUUAAAAGUUGCUAUUUAAAGGUU